AAAACUGAGGUCUUAAAAGCCCAAUGAAUGGGGCCCAUAAAGCUACAGUGUACAACCAGCACACGAUCGUAAUUUGCAGAGCUCACCUCCGUCGUUCUCUGUAGCUUCACUGGUUAGUUCUUAAUAAACCCUAGAAUUGAAAUUUUCACUUUGUCAAUUUCGUUCUGUUUUUCUUUUUCCUCCCUGGUUUACCAGACUCUGAUCUGCUGUCUUGUCUCCGGUUAGAUAUCACUAAUUUGGAAGGCGAGAAUAGCGUUUAGUAUUAUUUCUCAAACGUACCAAGUUUAUAUUUUGUGCUCUUUUAUUGGAAAUUCUCAAUUCUCUUAAUCAGAUAGGUACUGUAGGUUUUGAACUCAAAUUUAUUUGGUUCCUUCAAGGUCUUACAAAGCUGGGCAGCAUCAAGGAGGAUCCCUCACCGAAAAGCGGGCAUGCAUGGAUUUGAAAUGAAGGUGUUGCAGGAUACGAAGGAUUCAGCGAAAAUAAAAUUCUCAACACAAACGUCACAUGAGUCACCAAGUGACCUGCAAAAUAAUGCACCUGAGGCUCUUGGGGUGGACUCUGGUUCAGUUUCUGUUUCAAGCAACAACAGCAGAAAAGUUACCCGUGAAGAUAUUGAAGUUGUCCAGAAUCUGAUUGAAAGAUGUCUUCAACUGUAUAUGAAUAGGAAUGAGGUGGUAAAUACCCUUUUGCAACAAGCCAGAAUUGAGCCUGGUUUUACAACCUUAGUAUGGCAGAAAUUGGAAGAAGAAAAUGCAGAUUUUUUUAAGGCCUACUACAUGAGGCUACUUCUGAAGAAACAAAUUAUUGUGUUCAAUCAAUUACUUGAGCAUCAGUACCAUCUGAUGAAGUCCCCUGCAUCUCCAAAGGUUCCGUUAGCUCCUAUCGAGAAUGGGAUUCAGCACUUGCCCGUUAACAAUCUACCUAUGGGAUACAACAUUCUGCAGCAGCCUUCAAUUCCAUCAACAGGUCAUCCCCACUUCAGUUCUGUGGGAAGUGUACCUAGCUGUCAUGUGGUAAAUGGAAUCCCUGCAUCAGACAAUUUCCAUCCAGUGCAAAUAAAUUCUGGGAAAGAGAUGGUGAUGAAUAGAAGCCCAGCUGACCCAAUACCUGCUGUCCCUGCUAUCAAGUCCGAGAUUGCUUUGAGUCCUACAUCAAUUACAUCCAAUGGUCAAUUUCCUUUCACACCAACAGAAAUACCAGAAUUGAGUGUUAAUGCUUCAGCACUUGACUCUGCGUAUGCAUCUCAUAUGACAAGUCCAGAGGGACUGCAGCUUGGACUUGAUUCUGGUACUGACAAUUCUGGGGAAACCCUCCAACCAUAUUGUCAAGUUCCCUGGAAUUUUAGCUUCUCAGACUUGGCAAAUGUGGCAGAUCAUGGACAGCUGGGAAACUAUUCAGGUUCUGAUAUAUUACUUGAUUCUCCAGAGCAAAGUGACAUCGUUGAGGAGUUCUUUCUUGAUAAUGUUCCUGCCCCAGGCAAUCAAAAAGAGGAAUGAUAGUUAAGAUGUUGCCCUUAUGAUUGCAAGUCCCAGUUAAAUUCAGUACUGCUAGUUCAAGCCACAGGUCCCGUUAGCCCUAUGGGUAGAUCAAUUGUCAAUGGUCAUUCAGCUGUACAGUAGCAUCUUACUGAUGUAAAUUUGAAACCUUAAAAAUUAGGCAGGCAGGAAUUAGUUUAUUGUCAUAAUUGCUAAACUUUACUGACUACAGAAUAUUGCAGGUACGGUUUCUUGUUUUGGUCAAUUUGGAUAAUGUACAUACAACUUUGAACUCCCAACUUAUUUAAUAACUUUCGAAUUAAAGCUUCAUUGAAA